CCACAUCUCGUCUACAUUUUAACCUUGUGCACGGCAGUGGCAGUAUUUGUGUGGUAUUGCUGCCGUGAGUUUGAUGCUUGUGUAAGUUUAUUUGCUGCUUUGAGUUUAUUUUACUGCUUUGAGUUUAUUUUGCUUAGUCUUUAAUUGCUUGCUAGCAGCUCAUGUGGUACUAGAUGAAUCAUAUUAUCUCAUUGUAGCUGUAUAUGUAAUUGCUUAAUAGGCUUAUGCACUAAUAACCUAUAAACAUAUAGUUUAUUUUUUAUGGUGAUAAUAGUUGUUUAGGGAUGGCUACUAAUAUCAGUAGUAGAGCAAAUUGGAAAGAUCCAGAAUUAUAUAAACUUUUCUUAGAAUCAUGUCUCAAAGAAGCAAAUAACGGAGGAAAAAGUGGUGGUAGUCUUAAAAGAGAAUCGUGGGACAAGAUCAAGAAAAUAAUGGCUGAGAAAAAGAAUGUUGAACUCAGCCAAAGACAAAUGAAAAAUCAGUGGGAAGAAAAAGUACUUGAUGUGGAAAACAUUGAUGAAAAAUAUCGGAAAUGGGAAUGAUCCAGACACCAAGAAUUGGGGUGCGGAGAAAUGGAACGAUUAUAUAAAGGAAAAUCCAGAUGCAAAGCAAUUUCGUUAUGUUGGUUUACAAUAUAUUGAUGAGCUGAAAUCUUUAUUUGAUGGCAUAACAAUGAUUGGACAAGCAGCGCAGAGUCCAUCUAGGACGUGUUUUUUUUCAGAUGGUGUAAAGAACUCAGCAUCUUCUCAACCAGAAGUAGGAAGUUCACAAAUACGAAUUGACCUCGAGUCCAGCUCUUCAAUUAUGCCUUCCAAUCAAAGUAAAGAUAUGUUGCCAAAAGGUAAACGUCGCAAGAGCAACAAGUAUGGAGAUCUUGAUGACCAUCUAUCAGCUAUUCUUAAGACGUUAGAAAAGUCUGAUGGGCCUAGUAUCGAAGAGUGCCAUCACUAUUUGGAUGGCAUGCAGACACUUCAAGUGGAUGACCCAUUAUAUAUCGCUGCUUGUAGUAUCUUUUGUGAAGGUAAAGCACAUAGAGUGCAGUGGAUAUUACUAGCUCAAAAACCAGGAGAAGUUAGGAUUACUUGGAUAAAAAUGAAUGCCAAAAAACUAGGAUUUUUUUGAAUAGAUUAUUCGAUUAGUUUGUUUCCUAUUAUUUCUUGUGAAUAUUUUCAUUUAACCGUUCAGUUGACUUAUGAUUGAAAGUUCCCUUGUUAAUUUGCCAGUUACUUUUAUUGUAAUUUAGUUUAGUGUUUUGUUAUGCAGAUUGUAGACUAUAUCCUAUACUCAAUUAAUGUUACAGAAUUUUGAAUCAAUGCAUUUUUGCUGUGGACAAGAAUUAAUCUGCAUGCAUGUGUACUUUUUUUUUUAGGUGGCAUGCCUACUCUUAGUCUCUUACAUAAACCUUGAAUUUGACCUCCUCAGAGAACAUUACAAUCAUGAUUUCUUUUUUAAUUGUGUACUAUUGAAUGGUUUGAAUAGGAGAGAGAUUGGUGAUUGUCAAAUUUUGAAGUUAUAGCAUGAUAAUUGCUCAAUCAGGUCCGUAUGCAGAUCACCACUACAAGAAAAACUUUAAUGUGAAGAUCAAUCCUUGUGUGUACAAUUUUACAUCUUGUGGGCUGACAUGGAACGCUGCGUCAAUGGCUCAUUGCAGAUUGUUGGGGACAAUUCACUUAUUAAAGGUAUUCUUUGUACUUCUUUUGAAUAAUCACCAUAAAAGCCAUUCACUUCCAACCUGUUUUCAGUAUCUAAAUGUAUAUCAAACGUAAAAUCUUUCUAAGUUCUUUAUAUAUCUAUAUAUGUGGUAGGUAUUUGAACUUUGAAGUUAUUCCUGCUAGUACGUGAAACAUAAGAUUAUUAUGGACUUGAUCCAACUAGUAUCUUCUCUUCCUGCAUAUAUUGACCUAGUUUGAUGUUUGUGUGUGUGCUUGUGUGUUUAUAUAUUUGUAUGUAAUUGGUUGGGAGGGUAAUAUAAGCAAUUCAUCAACACUGACCUUAUAUAUACAUGUAUACAUGUAUGUUGAUGUAAAAACUCAGAAAUAUGUUCUUCAAGGGUGGUGUUAAUACUGGAAUUGGUAAACUAGAUGAAUGGGUUGAAAAGCUAUGCUUUACUACAAUUUUUAUGGCUGAUUCCUUGCCCCAUGAACUAAUUAGACACCUUGAAGAACAUU